ACCACUGACUGCAGACAUACUACAGGAGAUGUCCAGAGGCUGCAAACAUAGUACAGGAGAUGAACAGAGACUGCGGACAUACUACAGGAGAUGACCAGAAACUGCAAACAUAGUACAGGAGAUGACCAGAGACUGCAGACAUGCUACAGGAGAAGACCAGAGACUGCGGACAUAGUACAGGAGAUGAUCAGAGACUGCGGACAUACUACAGGAGAUGACCAGAGACUGCGGACACAGUACAGAAGAUGACCAGAGACUGCGGACACAGUGCAGGAGAUGACCAGAGACUGCGGACA